UUUUAACAUUAGCAGAGGAUUUGCUGUGUUCUGCUUCUCAAAACAGUCGCCUUUCAGCUCAGCGCACACAAGCUGGAUGGUUAUUGAUUGCUGCUCUGAUGACAUUAGGUCCUGCUGUUGUCAGUCAUCACCUUGCUCGAGUCCUGCUGUUGUGGAAGUGUGUCUUUCCAGUGUCUCCUAAGGACCUAGAAACAGAAAAGAGCCGAGGAGAUUCCUUUACAUGGCAGGUAACCUUAGAAGGACGAGCUGGUGCACUCUGUGCUAUCAAGAGCUUUGUUUCCCACUGUGGCGAUCUCCUUACAGAGGAAGUAAUUCAGCGUCUUCUUCCACCGCUUCCUUGUGCUGUGGAUUUGCUAACUCGGCUUUCUUCAAUAAUAAAAACAUAUGGAAGUCCUUUGAAAACACCAUCAGUAGUUUAUAGACAAAGGCUUUAUGAAUUACUGAUUUUAUUACCUCCUGAAACCUAUGAAGGACACCUCUGUGCUAUCCUCAAAGAGCUGGCUGCUGACUUGACUGGCCCUGACAUACAGGUGGCAGCAUCCACAUUUUUACUUCCACCCCUGUGUCAUCAGGAUGAUCUUUUGUUAUUAAGUCCUUUGCUACAAGAGACUGACCAUAGAUUUAUUGAGGAACAGCUCCUGCUUAGUAAUGGUAUUGCUUGUGGAAGUCUUGAGUAUGACCCCUAUUCUAUUUAUGAGAAAGAUGUAGGGGGAGAUUCAGUGCCUAAGCCCCUACCUCCAACACUAUCAGUGAUUAGCUCUGCAGUCAAGCUCUUUGGAGUUGUAUGUGCUCAUGUGGGAGAAGCUCAAAGGCUUCUUACAUUGGAACAGCUUUUGGACAGUAUAAAGCACACAAAAGGAGCUCGUCAACAAGUAGUUCAGUUACAUGUUAUUUCCUCAGUUUCCAGUUUCUUAAAGUAUGUGGCUGGCUCCAAGGGAAGUUUGGGUCCAGAAGAAAUGAGAAGACCUGCCCUAGCAUUAGUAACAGGAGCCUUAGAAAGUCCCAACCCCCUCGUGAGAUGUGCAGCUGCAGAGGCAUGGGCUAGGUUAGCCCAAGUGGUUGAUGAUGGACCUUUUACUGCUUCGUUAGCUCAAGUUAGCUUUGACAAACUGAAAUCAGCAAGGGACGUGGUUACCAGAACAGGGCAUUCAUUGGCUUUGGGAUCCCUCCAUAGGUAUUUAGGAGGAAUAAGUUCUCAACAUUUGAAUUCUUGUGUAGGAAUCCUAUAUACUUUGUCUCAGGACAGUACUUCUCCUGAUGUGCAGACCUGGGCCCUACACUCUCUGUCAUUGAUCAUCGAUUCUGCAGGCCCACUCUAUUAUCUGCAUGUGGAACCUACCCUUUCUCUUAUUAUAAUGUUGUUGUUAAAUGUGCCUCCUACUCAUGCUGAAGUUCACCAAAGUCUCGGUCGUUGUUUGAAUGCCCUUAUUACUACAUUAGGUCCAGAGCUACAAGGUAACAGUACUUCAGUUUCUACCUUAAGGACGUCCUGUCUGUUGGGUUGUGCAGUGAUGCAAGAUAACCCGGACUGCCUUGUUCAAGCGCAGGCCAUCUCUUGCCUUCAGCAGCUUCAUAUGUUUGCUCCACGACAUGUCAACUUGUCUAGCCUGGUCAGCUGCCUCUGUGAGAUCUUGUUGGAUAAUUCUGUGUUGGUGAACCUUUGCAGUCCCUAUUUGUUACUGAGAAGAGCAGUACUGGCUUGUUUACGUCAGCUUGUGCAGAGAGAGGCAGCUGAAGUUUCAGAACAUGCUGUUACACUUGCUAAGGAUAGCAGAGAAGAGUUGACUCCAGAUGCUAACAUCAGAGAAGUGGGCCUUGAAGGGGCAUUACUGACCUUACUAGACAAAGAGACAGAUCAGAGAUUGUGCCGUGAUAUCAAAGAGACUUUAAAUCAUAUGCUCACAUCUAUGGCAGUGGACAAACUUUCCUUUUGGUUAAAGCUUUGUAAAGAUGUACUUGCUGCAUCAGCAGAUUUUACAGCUGUAACUUGUGUGGAUACAAUGCAAGAAGAGGAAGGUGAUAAAGGGGAUGAUGCCUCAGUUCUGACCACCAGAAGUGAUGACAGAUCCCAUCCUUUUACCAAUCCCCGGUGGGCCACUAGAGUCUUCGCUGCUGAAUGUGUCUGCAGGAUAAUUAACCAGUGUGAGAGUGCACACUGCGCACAUUUUGACAUUGCUUUAGCACAAGAAAUGAAAAAAAGGGAUUCAAGAAGUGACUUUUUGGUGCUGCAUCUUGCCGACUUAAUUCGCAUGGCUUUUAUGGCUGCCACGGAUCACAGUGACCAGCUCCGUCUUUCUGGCCUUCAAACGUUGUUAAUUGUUAUUCGGCGAUUUGCAACUAUCCCAGAACCAGAGUUUCCAGGACACGUGAUUCUGGAACAGUAUCAAGCCAAUGUAGGAGCAGCACUUAGACCAGCCUUCACUUCAGAGACAGCACCUGAUGUCACUGCCAAAGCAUGUCAGGUUUGCAGUGCCUGGAUAGCAAGUGGAGUUGUAAGUGACCUUAAUGAUCUCCGAAGAGUUCAUCAUUUGCUUGUUUCAUCAUUAACAAAAAUACAGGCUGGAAAAGAAGCUCUAAGUCCCUUAUAUAAUGAAAGUGCUUCUACCAUGGAGAUCUUAGCUGUGCUAAAAGCCUGGGCAGAGGUCUACAUAAACGCUGUAGAAAGACAUAAAAAUAACAAACAACCUCUGAAGACUACCUCCUGUCCAGAAGAGAGUGGUAGAAAUGGGUCAGACUCAUCACCUGGACUGCUUGACUUGGUCCACACAGACCUGGGCACACUAAGUAGGCUCUGGCUUGCUGCGCUUCAGGAUUUUGCUCUCCUAACUCUGCCUUCAGAAUUUGCCUCCCAACUUCCUAUUGAAGGUGGUGCUUUCUAUACAGCAGAGACUAGUGAAAAUGCAAAAUUGCAUUAUAACAAUUCGUGGGCGCUUAUCCUCCAUGCUACAGCACUGUGGCUUACAAGCACAGGCUUCGUCGUUGCUGACCCAGAUGAAGGAGCAUCCAAUCUCUCCAGGCCUGUAACACCAACUUCCAUGUGUCAGGGAUCAUCAUCUGGGGCUAUAGCAAAGUCCCCUGAGGAUGUCUACUCUGAUAGAUUCCAUCUUAUUUUAGGAAUCAGUGUGGAAUUUCUGUGUUCCUUGCGCUCAGAUGCAACCAUGGAGAGCAUUACUGCUUGUUUACAUGCGUUACAGGCCCUUCUAGAUGUUCCUUGGCCCAGAUCUAAAAUUGGCAGUGAUCAGGCCUUGGGUAUCGAGUUGUUGAAUGUACUGCAUCGAGUAAUUUUGACCCGAGAAUCACCUUCCAUUCAGUUGGCUUCACUUGAAGUGGUAAGACAGAUUAUAUGUGCAGCACAAGAACAUGUGAAGGAGAAAAGACGAAGUGCAGAAGUUGAUGAUGGGGCUGCUGAAAAGGAAACCCUGCCAGAAUUUGGAGAGGGAAAGGACACAGGAGGACUUGUGCCUGGGAAAUCUUUGGUUUUUGCAACACUGGAAUUGUGUGUAUGCAUUCUAGUUAGACAGCUCCCAGAACUAAAUCCUAAAUUGACAGGUAGCCCAGGAAUAAAAGCUACAAAGCCACAGAUGCUGUCAGAAGAUGGAAGUAGAUUGGUUUCAGCGGCGUUAGUUAUCCUCUCUGAACUUCCCGCAGUGUGCUCUCCUGAAGGAAGCAUCUCAAUUCUCCCUACCAUACUGUACCUCACAGUUGGGGUCCUGAGAGAAACUGCUGUGAAGUUGCCUGGGGGCCAGCUAUCUUCCACAGCUGCAGCUUCCCUGCAGGCUCUGAAGGGAAUAUUAUCUUCUCCCAUGGCCAGAGCAGAGAAGAGCGAGGCUGCUUGGACUGACCUUCUCCGCAGUGCUUUAACAACAAUUCUUGACUAUUGGGAUCCAGUAGAUGGAACACACCAAGAACUUGAUGAAGUCAGUCUGCUUACUGCUAUCACAGUAUUUAUUUUGUCUACCAGUCCAGAAGUAACUAUCAUCCCAUGCCUUCAAAAGCGCUGUAUUGAGAAAUUUAAAGUUACUCUUGAGAUUAAAGAUGCUAUGGUACAAAUCAAGACCUACCAGCUCCUACUUUCCAUUUUUCAGUAUCCGAAUCCAGCUGUUUCCUACCCUUACAUUUACUCUUUAGUCUCCUCUAUUGUGGAAAAACUACAGGAAAUAGACAAAAAAAAUCCUGAAGACACCACUGAGCUUCAGAUCUUUCAAGAAGGUAUAAAGGUGUUGGAAGCACUGGUAACCAUUGCUGAAGAACAACAUCGCUCUCAGCUGGUGGCUUGUCUUCUACCCAUCCUCAUUUCCUUCCUUUUGGAUGAGAAUGCUCUGGGAUCAGCAACUUCCAUAAUGAGAAAUUUACAUGACUUUGCUUUGCAAAAUCUCAUGCAAAUUGGGCCUCAGUAUUCAUCAGUGUUUAAAAGUGUAAUGGCUUCUUCUCCAUCCCUGAAAGCCCGCCUUGAGGCUGCUAUAAAAGGCAAUCAAGAAAGUGUCAAAGUCGGGACACCAACAUCUAAACAUACUAAGCACCCUGGGAAGAAUUCAAGCAUCCAAUUGAAGACCAGUUUCCUCUGAUGUUACUUUUUUUUAUUAAUAAGCACCUUAAUAUAGUAGUUGAUUAUUUUAUUUCCUUCUCUUUGGGGACAAAAGUGACAUUUUAGACACAAGUGCACUUGGAGGUCUAGUUGAUUGUUUUAAUUUAACUGACUUUUCAAAGUCACAAAACAACAUUUUUUGUGGGGUUUUGUUUUUCCAUUUAAUAAAGCUGCACAGCUCUGUCAGAAUUCUUGCCAGGAAUUUCAAUAAUGUGCUAAAGAACUGACCUUACUAAACAAUCCACUGCUUUAAAAAUGAAAUGGAUUUCUUCUGACAGUCCAUACACACUGAAUAUUAUGACAGGUUGGACUCUAUCAUAAAUUAUCUGCAUUUACGUUAUAUCCCAAUUUUAACUUAAAAUUCUGCCUUAUUCAGCAAUUGUAUUAAACUUUCUUGGAUUUCUCAAACAACAUAAAUUAUUGGAAAACUACUUAGGAAGCUUGAUUUAGAAUUAUUCAAUAUAUAAUAGUACAAAUUAAUUACAGCCCUACAGUGUGACUUAAGAUUUGAUGUCUAUAAAUAUCAGGUUUUCAAUCAUCUUUUGGUUUUGUUUUUAUUGGGUUCAGAAAAUAGAAAUUUUAUUCAUUUUAAAUAAAAGAGGGCAUUGCACUUCAAUGUUUCAAAUGGAUUUUCUGUUACCUCUAUUCCUAACAAUUUUGUUCAUUUGCAUUUGUGGCAAACAUUCAUACCAAUGAGUUUAAUAUAGAUUCAUAUCUAUACUUAGAUCAACUAUGGUUUAUAUAAAUGUCAAAUUUAGUACAAUAAAUUUAGAUCAUCAGUGAAUACAAGUAUGUUUUUUUAACAUGAAACAUAUUUUAAUAUAGAAAAAAAUCUAAUGAUAAAGUCAUCUUGGUUGAAAAAUAUUUUUUAACUGUUGGUGAUCAUUGACUCUCUUUCCACUUCAGUGUUACACUUUGAAUCAAGCACUAUGUCAAAACAAAGCGCUUUCUUGUUAAAUAUUAAAAACCGAAGUGAUGGGGCAUGUUCAGAAUUGAGAAAACACUUUGAGUCAAGCAAAAGCAAUGUAAUGUACUCUAUUUUAUUAUGUUUGUAUAUAAAUACUCUUGUAAAUUGUUCAGAGUGAAAACAUUUGACAAACUCUAACACUACAAUCAAUUUUUCUGAUUUACAUAAAUAAAGCUAAUUUUCUUUA